UGCUCGAAGGCGCGUGUAUUAAUCUCGCGAGAUCGCAAAAAGAAAAAGCUUCCCAAAGGGGGGGACCCUGCAGGCGCGUGUGAGAGGGCUCUGCUGUGAGAUGUGGCCCGUCCGGGCUCCAGGCCUCUGGCGCCUCGCCCUGGCUCGCCUGCGCUGGGCUGCGCGUCCCUGCUCCUCAGGCUCUGCCGGCCCUGGCAGCAGGGGUCCCCUGGGCGCCCCAGGGCUGCGCACCCGCUUGCUGGUGACCGGGCUCUUUGGGGCCGGCUUGGCUGCAGCGUGGCUCUCCGCGCGUGAGGAGAAAGAGCAGCGGCGGCAGCAGCGGCGGCUAGAGGCCCUCCGCAGCGCUGCUGUGGGCCAGGGUGACUUCCAGCUGGUGGACCACAUGGGCCAGCCCCGGUGCAAGGCUGACUUCGUGGGUCAGUGGGUGCUCCUGUACUUCGGCUUCACGCACUGCCCAGACGUGUGCCCGGAGGAGCUAGAGAAGCUGGCCACCGUGGUCCGCACGCUGGAGGCCGAACCAGGCCUGCCCUCCGUGCAGCCCCUCUUCAUCACCGUGGACCCCGAACGGGACGACGUGGCCGCUGUGGGCCGCUACGUGCGCGAGUUCCACCCUCGGCUACUGGGGCUCACGGGCACCCCCGAGCAGGUGCGCCAGGCCAGUCAGGCCUACCGGGUCUACUACAGCGCUGGGCCUCGGGACGAGGAUCAGGACUACAUCGUGGACCACUCCAUCAUCAUCUACCUGCUCAACCCUGAUGGGCUCUUCACAGACUACUAUGGCCGGAGCAAGACGGAGGAGCAGAUCGUGGCCAGUGUGAGGGGUCACAUGGCCGCCUUCCGCAGUGUGCGCUCCUGAGCUCCCGCCCCAUGUCUGGGCCCCCACCUCCAUUAUCUCCACACGUGGGCUCCACACGGGUGGGGCAAUAAAUGUAU